UGAGGCGGUCCAACUGUCAAGUUCACUGAUCCCCCCAAACUGCUGUGACGCUGAUUCCUGCUGAUGUCUCCUGAUGUCUCCUGAGCUUCUUAAGUAUCCAGGAAAUAAGGUGUAUUUUGAAGCUGCCGAGAUAGCAAGCGAAAGACUUUCGGAUGAUUUUGUAGUUUCUCGUGAUUAUUCCGAUGGGCGACAGAACGGGAGCCAUAUGGAGUAAAAGUCAUCGCUGGCACAGGUGAACACCCGCUCAUGGAUCUGACCAUGUGACAUCAUCUGAGAAUCUACUGUACAGGAUCAUGCAAAACUAACAUUAAACGAUAGAGUAUAAGGAUGACAGAGAAGAAGCUUGACAGAACCCCAAAUGUACAAGCCACAGCCUUGUUGAACUUCUCCAUCACAUGAAAAUCCCUUCAUCCAUCACAAUGUCAUCCACAGGUGGAGUUCCUCCCAACAUCAGUGUCUCAGUACUCCAUGACUUACUUAGCUCCCCCACCACCACCACUCCACCUCCAUCUUGCAGCAUAGACGAGUCCUACAAGUACAUCUUCCUCCCCAUCUGUUACUCUUUCACGUUCCUCUUCAGCAUCUCCCUGAACGCCAUCAUCCUCUACCGUUCCUUCCGCCAGACCAAACGCUGGAAUGCUUCACUGAUCUACAUGGUGAACCUAGCCUCUACAGACUUUAUGUAUGGCCUGUCACUGCCAUUCCUUGUGGCUAGUUACAUUAUGCAUGACCGCUGGGUCUUUGGGGACUUCAUGUGCCGCCUGGUCCGUUUUCUCUUCUACUUUAACCUCUACUGCUCCAUCUUCUUCCUCACCUGCAUCUCUGUCCACAGGUACCUCGGUAUCUGCCACCCAAUGAAAGUCAUCACACUUGAGACCAAGAAGGCUGUCAAGAGCACUUGUGUCCUGGUUUGGAUUGUAGUGUUUGCUUUGACCUGCCCUAUCUUCCGGUUUGCUCAGACUGGUCAUGUAACAAGAUUGGGAGGGCUUGGCGGCAAUGCAAGCAGCAUUGACAACCCAAUCCAUGAGGUAUCAUCAAUAAAUGGUAAUGCCAGCUAUGGUAACACGGGAGGGGUCAUCACGGAGUACCAGAACUGUUGGGACGAUGCCAUAGAUAAGGAAUUUCCAAAUUAUAUACCCUAUGGCAUCAUACUCCAUUUGCUGGGCUUUUUUGUGCCUUUUUCCAUAAUUGCUUGGUGUUACUCUCACGUUGUUCUGACCAUAUUUAGGACUCUGCAUUCUCAGCCCUCAUCCAGAGGUCGAGGAGAGGGACGACAUGGAGGAACAGAGAGAAGAGAGAGAAAUAGCCCCGGAAUAGUUGCAAGAGGAAGCAAUGGACUGUCGAGGACACUGGAAAGAGAUGAAGGGAUAUCCAUUUUCCUUGGUGCCCAUUCGCCUUAUGCCAAUCGCAGACGUAAAUCUAUCAAGACCAUCAUCACCAUCACCCUUCUCUUUGUGCUGUGUUUCUUCCCCUUUCAUGUUACUAGAACCAUCUUCCUCCUGCUGAAAGUGACCAAGGGAGUCCCCUGUCACACUAUGACCAUGGUCUCCAUGUGCUAUAAGAUCACGAGGCCUUUGGCGUCGUUCAACGCAUGGCUCAACGCCCUCCUUUACUUCUUGACUAAAGACAAGGGGGGAGCUCACUGCUGCCAGGCGGUAAGCACCACCACCCAACAACAUGGUGGGCUUCUAUUGCCACUGAGGAUGAUGGGAAAAGGAGAGGAUGCAGAGGAGAGAGGGCUGGGAGACAGAAAUGACAAUAAGGAGACUAAAGCAUUUCACAACAGUCCGUCAUACAUGAACAGAGCAAAAAUCAGAUAUAUAGUUGAAUGAAUGUUUUCAUGAGGAAUGAAAGAAAGAAUUUUAGAUGCACUGUAGGUUGACUUUUACUGGAAAAAUAUAUAUAUAAUAUAUAGAAUGAGCACUGUAGCAAAAGCAAUGAUUAAAGAAGACCCAGAAAAGAAACCUUAUAUGCCUUUAAUUUCUAAUUGUAUGUGCCUAAGUCAUACUUGUACAAGUUAUCCUGGGGGGUAAACAUGAAUGCAAAUGUGACACCUCAUUAUGGUGAUUAUCUGUAAUUUGGUUUUACAGGGUGUAUAUUUAAAAUGUGUUUCAGAGUAAACGGGCUACUUAGGGAUCACUGAUUUCUUUUCAAAGCCCGGCAAUGUUUGAAAGAAGAAGUUGUUCGUACGAUGUGCCAUUCAAACACGUCUAAAGAUAAAAGUGUUUCUACCUUCUCCGAAUGGCUGCACUAGAAAAGUCAUAGAGAGGAACAAGGAACAAUGAUCAGUCAAAUGGGAAUAUCGGCGCACACUUUCAGACUUCUCUCCAUGAAAGCAUUCGUGGUGUUGCACUCUGUUGUAUACGUACACAACAAAUGCCUGAAGUAGUUCUGUGAAGGAUGAAAAAAACAACCUUGCAUACUUUUCCGUCUUUGCAGACUUGCCAAUUGCUGUUAAAGUGUUGAGCAAGCUACAUUGUAUUUGUGGUGUGACAUUCCACAUGUAAGUGUUUUGUGAAUACUCUGUUGACAGUGUGCUGGUGCAGUUACUGUCGCCUUGAAAAUAAAUACCCUCCCCUUUAUUUGGAGAACCUCUGAGAUGGCAAAAUAAAAUGCUAUAAAAUGGGGUUAUUCAUAGCAAUAUGACACCCCACUAAUAUGAUAUUGAUACCGUAUGUAAAAGCAUCUCACAACAAUUCUUGUAAAUUUUAAGCGACAAUCAUACAUUCACACCAACUUACACAGUGAUUGGCCAGGUGUGUGGUUACUUUUUGUGUCUACAAACGAGUGCAACACCAUGAAUUCCUUCAAAGGGACACUGCCUGAAAGUGUGCUCUGUUAUCUCCAUUGAACCAUUCAUCAUAUCUUGCCCCUCUCUACGAUAACAGGCUUUUUACCCCAUCUUCAAAUGUGGCCGUUCGAAAAAAUGUCAAACACUUUUGCCUGUUAGACCACACUUUGUUUGAACCCUUAGCUACUGUCAAGUUUUUGACCACCUCUGCAACAUAGCCAGAAUCCAUCUUUCUUUCUUUAUUGAUCAGAUAAUUUAAUUAUAAUGUAUGCAUUCAUUUCUUGCAAGCUGUUUUUUAGUAAUUUUCUCUUGUCUAGCCUUUCCCAGUCAUCUGUCAAAAGCCACAACACUGCUGCUAGAAUCCAAACCCUAACCGGAACAUUUGAUCUCAUCAUGGCAACCAUGAUAUAGCACCACUGACAGUGUCAGAGCAAACGCCAAAAUACUCACCCUGGCAAGCGCCUUGAUGCCUCUCAGAACUCAUUACACCGUAUAAACCACUCCAUACUCUUUGUUGUCUGUAUGGCUUUUCAGAAUGCAUGAAAAGUUAUCCCAUUUGAGAGCCUAUUCCACAGUCGUAACCUUACUAAAGCUCCUUCCUUAGAAAUCUUUAAAGUGCUCAUAUAAUGCUCAUUUUCAGGUUCAUAAUUGUAUUUAGAAGUUAUAUUAGAAUAGGUUUAUAUCGUUUAAUUUAAAAAAAAAAACACUAUUGUUGUUGUACUACACAUUGCUGCAGCUCCUCGUUUAACCCUGU